GAAAAUAGGCAGCGGCGACUGGCUUCCUGUGGGAUUCAGCCGGAGCUUUUUUUGUGUCUUUUUUUCCUCUCUCACUGUGGACAUGUCUGGUUCACCAUGGGGCCAUGCUGUGAGAGACUAGCUGGCCGACAGCUCGGCUAGCGCAACAUUUCCAGGAUUUUAGAUGAUCAUUCGGUUGAGGAGCUGAUUUAUUUUGGACGCUGCUUCCCUCCCUGGAGUCAGCAUGGAGGAGCCCAGCCUGAACGACUCCAACGUCAAGGUGGCUGUUCGAGUUCGGCCCAUGAACAGGAGAGAAAAGGACUUAAACACAAAAUGUAUUGUGGACAUGGCGAAGAACCAGACAAUUCUCCACCCUGCUGGAGCUAACCUUGGAAAGUCUGACUCCAGGAAUCAGUCAAAGGUUUUUGCCUACGAUUAUUGCUUCUGGUCCAUGGAUGAAACGGAUAAGGAAAAAUUUGCAGGUCAGGAGGUCGUGUUUCAGUGCCUUGGUGAAAGCCUUCUCCACAACGCCUUCCAGGGCUACAAUGCCUGUAUUUUUGCCUAUGGACAAACUGGUUCGGGAAAGUCGUACACCAUGAUGGGUUCUGGUGACCAGCCGGGGCUGAUUCCUCGCCUGUGCAGCGCUUUGUUUGAACGAACGAAGGAGGAACAGCGGGAGGAGGAGAGUUUCACUGUGGAGGUAUCCUACAUGGAGAUUUACAACGAGAAGGUUCGAGAUCUGCUGGACCCCAAAGGGGGGAGACAGACUUUGAGGGUGAGGGAACAUAAAGUUUUGGGUCCAUACGUUGAUGGACUAUCUCGACUAGCAGUUGCGAGCUACAAGGACAUUGAGUCUCUGAUGUCGGAAGGGAAUAAGUCUCGUACUGUUGCUGCCACCAAUAUGAACGAGGAGAGCAGUCGAUCACACGCUGUCUUUAACAUCAUCCUCACACACACGCUCAAAGACCUGCAGUCUGGGACGAGUGGGGAGAAGGUGAGUCGGUUAAGUCUGGUGGACUUGGCUGGAAGUGAGCGAGCAGCGAAAACCGGGGCAGCAGGAGAGCGACUGAAGGAGGGGAGCAACAUUAACAAGUCCCUUACUACACUUGGUCUGGUGAUCUCUGCGCUGGCUGAACAGGGAACUGCCAAGAACAAGACCAAGUUUGUUCCCUACAGAGACUCCGUUCUGACUUGGCUGCUGAAGGACUGCCUGGGGGGCAAUAGCCGCACAGCCAUGGUUGCAACUGUGAGUCCAGCAGCAGACAACUAUGAGGAGACCCUGUCGACGCUGCGCUAUGCUGACCGAGCCAAAAGCAUCGUUAACCACGCUGUCGUUAAUGAAGACCCAAAUGCUCGCAUCAUCAGGGAGCUCAGGGAGGAAGUGGAGAAGCUCCGAGUGCAGCUGACCCAGGCUGAGUCUCUGAAAGCUCCAGAACUGAAAGAACGCCUGGAAGAGUCUGAAAAGUUAAUCCAAGAAAUGACCGUCACAUGGGAGGAGAAACUUCGCAAAACAGAGGAGAUUGCACAGGAACGUCAGAAGCAGCUGGAGAGUCUGGGUAUUUCUCUUCAGUCUUCUGGGAUCAAAGUCGGUGAUGAUAAAAGUUUUCUGGUGAACCUUAACGCUGAUCCUGCCCUUAAUGAACUGCUUGUGUACUACCUGAAGGAACACACAAAGGUGGGCUCAGUGGACUCCCAGGACAUUCAGCUGUGCGGGAUGGGUAUCCAGGCUGAGCACUGCGUCAUUGACAUUACGGACGAGGCUGCUGUCGUCCUCACCCCCUAUCCCAACGCUCGGACGUGUGUUAAUGGUUCUCCAGUAACCAGCGCUCUGCAACUUCAUCAUGGGGACCGAAUCCUCUGGGGAAAUAAUCACUUCUUUAGAAUCAAUCUGCCAAAGCGACGGUCACGUGGUGCAGAGGAUGAGGAUGGUGAAGGUGGCGGGAUGAAGAACAGUGGCAGCAGUGAGCAGCUGGAUGCAGAUGGAGACACCGCUAGUGAAGUGUCCAGUGAAGUCAGCUUCUCUUAUGAGUUUGCCCAGACGGAAGUUAUGAUGAAGGCUCUGGGCAACAAUGACCCCAUGCAGGCGGUCCUCCAGUCUCUGGAGAGGCAGCAUGAAGAAGAGAAGCGCUCUGCCCUGGAGCGACAGAGGCAAAUGUAUGAGCAGGAGCUCAUGCAGCUCCGCAAGAAGCUCAAUCUGGACCGUCUGUCCACAGGCCAGUCUGGAGGACAGACAUCUGGACAGCAAGGACCAGGACAGCAGUCUCACUACCGCAGCCUGGAGCGACUCAGCAUAGGAGGGAUGAGUGCUCAGGGCAGAUUGAAGCAGUGGAGUGAAGACCGGGAGGCAGUGUUGGUGAGGAGUCUUCGGAGGCUGCGGGAGCAAAUAGUGAGAGCAAACCUUCUGGUGCAGGAGGCGUGUUAUAUCUCAGAGGAGCUGGAGCGUCACACAGAGUACAGAGUCACCCUGCAAAUCCCAUCAGAUAACCUCAACGCAAACCGCAAGAGGGAUGCAGUACUCAGUGAACCUGCAAUUCAGGUCCGAAGACGGUGCAGAGGGAAACAGAUCUGGAGUUUGGAAAAGAUGGAGAACCGCCUUGUUGACAUGAGAGAGCUCUACCAGGAGUGGCAGGACUACCAGCUCCACAAUCAAGACAACCCGGGGAUGCGGUCAUAUUUCCGUCGAGCAGACCCGUUUUUUGACGAGCAGGAGAACCACAGCCUGAUUGGUGUCGCUAACGUCUUCCUUUCGUGUCUGUUUUAUGACGUCAAGCUGCAGUACGCUGUUCCUAUCAUCAAUCAAAAAGGAGAGGUCGCUGGGCGGCUGCAUGUGGAGGUGAUGAGAGUUGGAGGUGGAUUAGAGGACAACAUGGCAGGAGGAGAUGAUCUUGACAACAACCACGAGUCUGAAAUGGAAGAUCGCAAACUGGCCUGCAUGAUUAAGAUCCUGCAAGCCACUGGUCUUCCUCAGCACCUGUCCAACUUUGUCUUCUGUCAGUAUAUUUUCUGGGACCAGCCUGAGCCCAUCAUUGUGGCCCCUGAAGUUGAUCAUUCGUCUUCGUCUCCCAGCACCAAGGACCCACACUGCAUGGUUGUGUUUGACAGCUGCAAGGAACUGGCAGUGUCAGUAACUGAGGAUUUUAUCGAGUACCUGACAGAAGGAGCUGUUGCUAUUGAGGUGUAUGGACACAAACAAUCUGAUGGAGGGAGGAACCCAGCUUUGUGGGACCUCAGCAUCAUCCAGGCCAAAACACGCACACUACGAGACAGGUGGAGUGAGGUCACACGUCGCCUGGAGUUAUGGAUCCAAAUCCUGGAGAUAAAUGAGAAUGGAGACUUUGUGCCAGUGGAAGUGGUUCCAGCUAAAGACGUUCACACUGGGGGGAUCUUUCAACUUCGGCAGGGUCAGUCGCGGCGAAUCCAGGUGGACGUGCGUUCAGUUCAGGACUCGGGCACGAUGCCGCUGAUAGCAGAGAUCGUGCUAGCAGUGUCUGUAGGCUGUGUGGAGAUCAGAACCAGCUCGACAAACCAUGAAAGAGAUGAGAUGGACAGCUAUCAGGAGAGAGAUCUGGAGCGUUUGCGGCGCCAGUGGUUAGCUGCCCUCACCAAGAGGCAGGAGUACCUCGAUCAACAACUGCAGAACCUGGUCAGCAAAGCAGAAAAGACAGAGGAUGACAUGGAGCGGGAGGCCCAGCUGCUGGAGUGGCGCUUGACUCUCACAGAGGAGAGAAAUGCUGUGAUGGUUCCCUCUGCUGGCAGUGGAAUUCCUGGAGCGCCUGCCGAAUGGUCGCCUCUGCCAGGCAUGGAGACGCACAUCCCCGUUCUCUUCCUGGACCUCAAACCUGAUGACCUCAGCUCUCAAGACCAGUUUGAGAUGCCUGAGGCUGGAGGCUUGGACGCCACGUUGAGUGGAGAAGAUGAGGACGACUUCUUCGACUUGCAGAUCGUCAAACACUACGAUGGAGAGGUGAAAGCAGAGGCAUCAUGGGACUCUACUGUCCAUGAGUGUCCCUGGCUCAGUCGAGGGGGGCUGUGGCCCGAGCAGCGCGUCUACCUGACGAUUCGAGUGGUCGUUCAGCUCAGUCACCCCGCUGACAUGCAGCUGGUGCUGAGAAAAAGAAUCUGCGUCAACGUUAACCCGGGCCGCCAGGGCUUUGCACACAACUUUCUCAGAAGGAUGUCGACCCGCAGCACCAUACCGGGCUCAGGCGUCACCUUUGAGGUGGUCUCCAACAUCCCUGAGGACACUCCAGAUUCGGAGGACAGGGAGAUGCUGGCCCGGCUUGCUGCAAACGCACACAACAGCCAGUCAGCUGACGACGAGGCGGCCAUUGAAAAAUAUCUCCGCAGCGUAAUGAGCCUGGAGAACAUCCUAACUCUGGAUAGACUCAGACAGGAAGUGGCAGUGAAGGAGCAUCUGUCUGGCAGAGGAAGAAGUAACAGGAGGAGCAUAAGCUCUCCCUCUGUUCACAGGCUGUCAGGAAGCAGACAGGACUUAUCCACCACGUGCCUGUCGGAUGAUAAGGCUGCUGUUCUACGGCCCCCGGCCAAAGACAGACGGACAGAGUUUCCAGACGUCCCUCCUCUUCCUGUGCAUGACCCGCAUGACACCACCCCCCUCAGCCCCCUCAGCCAGUCGUCCAGCGGCUAUUUCUCUACUAGUGUUUCUACGGUUACCCUGUCUGACGUUCUCCAACCCUCCUCAUCGUCUUCCUCCCUCCUGGGUGCAGAGACUGCAUUACCCACAAACCCUCAGCAGCAGGGCGCUGACAGGAACGAUGUUGUGACCUCUCCUCAGUGUGGCGCCAAGUCAAUGUCCCACAGCUCAGCCAAUGGCAGCGUCUCAGCAGAGCUGCCAUUCUCUGACCAGAAGCUGCUUAACUCUGGAGGAGGCGAAGGCUUUGAGCGGCUGGAGAUUCUUGUUGACGAGGACGAGCGCAACCACGACAAUGUGCUGCCCGACUGGCUGGCAGAAGGGGCGUGGGUCACAGUAGGAAGCAAUAAAAUGGGAACGGUGCGCUACGUGGGAACGACACAGUUUGCUGAUGGAGUUUGGGUGGGGGUGGAGCUAGAUACUCCUGUAGGUAAGAACGACGGCUCGGUUGGAGCGCACCGAUACUUCAGCUGCAAACCAGGUUAUGGGGUGCUGGUCCGCCCAGAUCGGCUGUGUCGGCGCGAUCGGACCAAUCGGCGAACGGGAGACUUGCCUCCCUCUGUUCAUGCUCCUGUCCUGCGAGGAGAACUCGCCGUUGGGCGGCGGGGGGAGAACCGAAAGUCAUGGAGUAGCUGAGACGGGAAAACUUGAAACUGGAUGGGAGAGAAAAACCUCCCCACAGUCGUCGUCCUCUCCCUCUCCUCACAGCUGUGCUACAGGCUCGCACUCUGCACUGACACACUGUGGCCUGCAGAGGAAAACCACACCAACUGUAUUCACCGAGAACAGCUGAGAGAACCAACGGUGAAGAGACGCUUCAAUAACGUGCAGAAAACUGUUGGCUGAAGGUAUUUCAGCGUGACCGGUGGGAGGUUUGUGUAAGUGUUUGGACCUGGGCUGAGUCAAAUGAUUCUCUGAGCUGAUAUGCAGAAAUGCAAAUGUUUUUUUAAAGUCUGCAACUGAAAUUCUAUUUUUCUUGUAGACACAUAAGAUGGA